AUGGCCGAACACGCGGCAGCGGUGCGCAGAAAUGACGCCAGCUUUCAAGUUGCGGCUCAUUCGACGAGAUCCGGCCACACAUUCAAAUUCGAUGAGGCCGAAAUUCUCGCAAGAGGUGACAACCGCGUUAGCCAGGAGCUACUGGAAUCAUGGUUUACUGGCCCCAAGUCCAUUAACAAGUGCAACGAUCUUCCGACUCAAUACUCCGUGCUAAAACUUCGCCUAGGCGGAGUAACAAGCCAUGCGUGGAGCGCAGAGGUGAACACUUUUCCCAACACCGGGCUCGGUGCGUCAGAUGUUCGAGCAAUCAUCACGCCAACAUGCAACGCACGUGAUGAAAUUGCAGCAAUUAUCGACUCGAAUGUAGGCCAUCAAGCAAUGAUCACACCAAGGGCGACGAUCCCGGAUGAAGGAGGGAGCCGUGAAUGUUCAUAGGUAUGCGUUAGCGUGGCUACUGCAUCCUAUAAAUACCACAGCCCCUUGUGCAACAACCACCCGUUUCUGCUUUAUUGUCUCUGAUGAUGGAUUCGAGCAGGAAUCCGAAACGUCAGGCUAAUAAAGCUCUUGUCCCGGCGAUCGUGUCUCCUUCUUCAGGAUUACCUUUAAUAGGCUGCGCAGACAUUUAAGCCUUAUCAAGUUCAAAACUGAUGGUGCUAUUCUACUAACAAGGUCAAAGAAUGGCCAUAAACCACACAGCCUGCGAAAGACCGCGUCAGUCGUUUAGUGGAACACAUAAAAUGCCGUGCGAAGCACAGAUAUCGCUGUGCGGCGAAUGAGAACGUCAACAGAGACCUGCCAUCAGGGAGUUUAUUUCUUGAAGUUCGGCCGUCUUAUGGUGUUCGUCUAUGCACCGCGGAUAAAACGUCCCCGCGGCAGAGUUAAGGAAAGCAAUGCCGCACAGGAAAGACGCGUCAGAGGCUGUAAGGCUCGCCGUAUCUGACCGGGGCGUAAGCAACGCGGAUAGUUUCGAUCGAGUACUAGGACCCACGACAGACGGGACGUGCAGGGGUCUAAGGACAGUCGGCGCAUCCAAACGUGGGGGCUGUGGAAACAAGCAAGUUCUCGGGUCUUGUGACUGAGCAGUGGUCAACUAUGCAGCCGUUACUUGGCACAGAGCAAGGAGGGCGGCGUUAAGCCUGCCGUUGUCUUCCAACAAAUGGGAAAUUGGUCGCCAUCCUUAAAACGAAGAAGAACUUGUCGAGGGGGUUGAUGAAGACGUCCACUCCCAGGUCCACGAACAAAAGCGGAGAGCCGCUGAUUGGGUGGGGGUUUCGGUUAUCACUUAGUCGAGUCACGCGCGUCCGACUAAACUUGUUGAGGCUCAGUAAUGUGAAUAGGCGACUUCUCACUCAACAGCACUGACACGGCUCAAGUUGAGGAUGAGCUAAGAGCGAAGAACGCAACAGAGUAACGGUUCGAGUAGAGGGUGAACUUAGGCGCUGAACACCACAAUGUGCAAAACCAGUAAUCGCUGGAUCUGACAGAAGUGACCGCCGGCCUAUAUUGAAAAGGUAAGAGAGACUGAAAUAGUCACUUCUGGUUUAUUAGCCGUCAUCAGUCAAGCAUAACCAACCCUACAUUUCGUAACCCCUGAGGCUGGAAACUACGACCUGUUGAUUAGAAGUUCUACGCCCUGACAGCUGAACCCCAGAAUCGUUGGCUGACAGUGAAAGAGUAAGUGAAACUGUUAGCAGGGUGGGUACAGAAGCCGCGACUUACGCGUGAACUAGCUUGUAGUGAAAGUGGACUUGCGCAGCAUAUAUCACACUCGCUCAAACGUCUUCCACCUGCCCUCUUAAGCCCCGUGCCAAGUUAAAAUCACUACCGGAGAUGGGAUCAGGCGCAUGUGACUGGCGCGGUGCGAGUCUCAUCUUAGGCUUGCUACCACACCCCCUGGUCUGCACAAAAAGAACCUGGAUUUUGCGCAGCAAGGAAAGAAGGUACGACUCGAAUCCGAACGGAGAAGCCAGGUGUAGAAAAGGCCAUUGAAACCUGAUUAUCUGUCCUAAGAGAAGAAGCGAGUAAUCCGGUUAGUUGGAAAUCUUCCGGAUCAGGGUUGCUAAUACACCGUAAUAGUUUUAAACGCGUCAGAUUGUUUAUAGUGAGAAAUAUGCGCUGAGAGUCGGUCGAUAGCCUGAUGAGCGGAUUAGGCGCAGUGGAUGACAGGGUUAGGGAGGGCGACCGCGUAUGCCACACAUACGACCUGGCCCGCGAAAAAAACACACCAGGAUUUCACCCCCGGGUUAACGCACAUUUUAUUAAAUGCUUUUACACUUCAGAGAGUUUACAAGUUUAAACGCAAUGGAUAUCGGUGUCUCUUAUUUGUUUUCCUUUUCACGAGUACUUGGCUCUGUACUUCGAAGGGCUUUGGAAGUGGCUUUGGAAAGAUAGCUUUUCUGAAAAAAGAACUUAAAACGGAUCUAAAUUCUUCAAAAAGACGUAUAAGAGUGUCCAAACCGCUACCUCAGGGAUUCGCAGCAAACAGCUCCAGUCACAGACAGACCCCCGCCUCUAUCACCUUCAGGCCCGGUCCCGAAUAAAAAGAGGAAAAGGCGGAUGCCCCAAUAGAAAGGGCACUGCAUUCUGUAAAGAAGGAAUGGAGAAGCCGUUGGAAGAAGUUGGCAGCCAGUCGACGGCAUGUGUCCGCCGCCGUUAGAGCAGGCGUCCGAGUGCCACGGAAGCAGGCAUUGGAGUGUCUUGUGCGAGGGCAGGUCUGAAUCGGCCUUGAAAUAGAUUAGCGGGUUAACUGAGAACCAGACCGAUACAGGUACGCGCCUGCACGUACGCGCAGGAGGCGUACUGCUGUACCAGGCGCCUGGAGAACAGUCAUUACAGGCAUUUUUUGGGUGCUGGAAACACCGCCGACCCACGACUAAUGCCACCCUUUGAAAAUGUUUGGUCGAUAUAUUAAGAUCCUUAAUAGACAUCGUCCUCUGACCCUCUAUCAUGCUAUAGGAAGCAGUCUCCCUUAGUUUUAAGCUCAUCUCGAUUCAGAAGGCUGUAGACUGUACUCCGUUUGUGAGAGACAGGGUGGUUACUAUCAACAUGUAUGAUGACCUCUGAAUACGCCUCUAUGCGAUAAACUGAUGUAUGAAGUGAUCCAUCGGUUUUUCGUUGUACAAGAACAUCGAGGAUCGGGAGUUGUCCAUCAACUUCUGUUUCUAAAGUAAACGUGUUUCCUGAAAAUAUAGAGUUACUGUUGGUAUAGUCUUUCUUAACGAUGACAAAAGUGUCAUCCGGUAGAGAGCGUACUGCAGAAAUUAGGAAGCAUAGUCCUUCCACACAUUUAACCCAAAAUUUUGGCUGCGAUAUGUGGAUGACACCCUUGUCAUCGUCAAGAAAGACCAGUUGAAUCUGCUCCAUACCAACAUUAGCUCUAUAUUUCCAGCAAUCACAUUUACUUUAGAAACAGAGGUUGAUGGACAACUGCCAUUCCUGAAUGUCCUUGUACGUCGAAAAACCGAUGGAUUACUUAAUACAUCAGUUUAUCGCAAAGAGGCGUAUUCAGAGGUCAUUAUACACUUUGAAAGUAAUUAUCCUGUCUCUCACAAACGGAGUACAGUCUACAGCCUUCUAAAAUCGAGCCAAAACCCACUGCUUUGAUGAAACAAGUUAUUGAGCAGCAAUGAAAUACCUCUACAAACUGUUCUCCCAAAAUGGGUACCCGCAUGACUUUAUACGUCAAUGCAAGAGGCACCAGCAACUCAAGGGAAAAGGCAAUUCCGACGCUAUAGCCGCUCGGGCAUCAAAACUAACCACCUGGCGAACUCUCUUAUACGUGAAAAAUGUAUCCGAACUAGUCGAAAGACAAUUAAAUAAUACCAGAUGCACGUAGGACAUCAGCCGGCAACUUCUUUACGCACACAGCUUGUACACCCUAAGGACAGGGUUGGCUACCUCGAAAGAAAAGGUGUUGUCUACCAAAUCCCAUGUUUUAGUCGUGGUGCCGUUUAUUGUGGCCAAACUGGGAAAUCUGUCUCAACUCGUAUGCAUGAGCAUCAGUUAGCGGUAAAGAGACGCGACCAUCUAUCCCAUCUGGCCAUGCACACAAUGGACACUGGGCACAAAUUUGCAUAGGAAAAAACUUGCAUUGUUGGCGUCUGCCCAAUAAGGAAAGGCCGCCAAUUCCUGGAGGCAAUGCACUCAGAUGAGGCAUGCAUCAACCGGCAUAUCGAUCUAGAUGCCACAUACAAAAUCGUUAAGGACGGAUUCACAAUGACUCAACCAAUCUCCAGUAGAUAGCUUUAACCAAUCAUAGAAUCCUUUGUUAGACUCGGUCUAGAAGUUGAUUGUUUUUGCACGCCUGUUGUCUGAGGACGAGCUGGGGAACCAGUCUCGAAAAUUUACACAAUAAAAGUUCCCGUCUCCUAAAGAAUUCCAUCUUCCUAUAUACAUAUAGAUGUUGACAGGUAGGCAUCCCAAGAAAUAUAAGUUGAAGUUGAAUAUAUGCUUUGGGAAAGGAAGUUUAUUAUGCAAAUUUUCGAGGCCGGUUCCCCGGGUCGUCGUCAGACAGACGUAGAGCAAAUGCGCCAACACAGUUAACAUUUAAAGUGCACUUUAAAAAUCGAUAAUCGCUUGGCGUUUGCGCCAGUAAGCGGCCGCCGUGUGUGUAAGUCCGUCUGUGUCUGCCGACGACCCGGGGAACCGGCGUCGAAAAUUUGCACAAUAAACUUCCUUUCCCAAGGCAUAUAUUCGACUCCGAUAUUGUAGGACGAAGUUGCCUCUAAGCUUUCGGAGACUGGAGAGUUCAAGAAGCACGUGAACAGUUUAAACAAGGCGAUAGACAAGUUAAGGAAGGCAGGAGCCCUCAAGAUGCAGGAAGCACUGACCGCAAAAGCCACCGAUGCCGCCAUGGCGCACUUCUACGGUCUGCCAAAAGUGCAUAAAACGGGAGUACCUCUACGCCCCAUAGUCUCAUUACGCGACAUCCCGACCUUUGGACUGUCGAAAUGGCUUUACCAACGAUUCCGUUUCCUGACCGAGGAUUCCGAAUGGAUGAUGAAAUCGGCUGAGCAGUUUUUGAGGAGUAUCAGACAUCUAGAAAUAGAGCCCGACGAGAUGAUGGUAUCGUUUGAUGUGGUCUCUUUAUUCACCUCCAUUCCAACCGACCUUGCCAUCAGCACCAUUGACAAGAUUCUUCAGGAGAAGUACGAUGAAACUGAUCAACGGCUUAAACGAACACACGUCAUUGAACUCCUGGAAUUGUGCCUUAGAACUUUCUUCACUUUCAACAACCGGGUUUGCGAACAAAAGAAGGGAACACCGAUGGGCUCCCCGCUGUCUGGACUGAUUGCCGAGGCUGUUCUGCAGAGGCUCGAGCGACUGGUCUUCCGUUCGUCCUCCUCAAAAUUCUGGGCCAGAUACGUCGACGACACAUUUGUCGUAAUCAAGAGGAACGACGUUCAGGACUUUAAAGUCUGGUUGAACUUAAUAUUCCCCGACAUCCAAUUUACAAUGGAAGAGGAGGACAACAACCACUUGCCCUUCCUUGACGUAAACGUCACAAGGAUGACUAAUGAGGGGAUCAGAAAUACGGUAUACCGAAAGGCAACGAAUACUAGACGCAUCCUCCGAUUCCGGAGUAACCACCCCAUUGGUCACAAACGCAGUUGUGUCAGAGCUCUUUUCCAACGAGUUCAAACACCCUGUAAUGUCAACGACGGGAGAAGGAAGGAAGGGAAGUACCUUCAUUCCCUAGUCACAGCCAGUGGUUACCCACGAUCCUUCAUACGUGAGUGUCGAAGAGGAUUUAACCGCGAACGAUCUAACGAUGAGAAGCCGAAGUUCUCGCUCGCAAUCCCCUACAUGAGGAAUGUUUCUGAGUCUACAGCAAGAAUCCUGAGCCCUUUGAGGAUUGGGGUGGCCCAUAAACUGGAAUCCACUAUCAGGCAGCAGAUAAUGAGGCCCAAAGACCAGCUACCUGUAACGGAACAAUCAGUAGUGGUCAACAGCAAACUUUGCUAAGAUUGCAGUGCAAGGUAUGUUGGUAAAACGGGCAAACGCCUCUGCACAAGAUUGCACGAGCACCAGCUUGCAGUCAACCGCGAGGAUAAGCUGUCACUGGUAUAUGGCCACAUACAAUAGGAGACGCACAGUUUCGCCUUUGGGGAGGCAAGCGUCAUCGGCCGAGCCAGCGACAAGAUUGCCAGACUGGUUCUCGAAAGUUGGCCCUCAGUUGACACAAGCAACCGAGCCACUGAUCUUCAUCAGGCCUACAAGGCACUUCGUACGAGGCUCGCGUCAGUUCGGACGGGGCCGACAGCGUUGGCGAACAAAUCGCGGUUCUCUCAACAGUUGCACCUUCACAGCAAAGGGGAGAGAGCCAGCCGGGUGUCAGACGACCGACGCGAGACAUCGACCCACCGACGCGCCCAAACAGCCGACCGCGAUUCCCACAUGCAACGGCAACUGAUCAGCCCGUCAAAUUAUGGGGGGAGGGCCCAAGGGCACACGGACCUAGCAGCGACAACAGCGACCGGGCAGAGAGCAGAGGUCACACCAGCGCCCCAGCGGUCGGCCACGGAGAGACCUAA